CACGUUCAAUAAGUCUGCGAUCAAGUUCGAGAGGCAGAUCUCUAGCCAGGCUCGUGGAAAGCGCAUAUGGCAUCUCCAUCCUUCACACCAAGCUCCAACCCCCCCACGAGCGAGCAUGUCGGGUCGGGGAUCAAACUCUCCUGGCGCGUGUGCACGAUGCAAGACGAGCGACCGUGGGCAAAAGGCCGCCGCCAAUCAGAAAGACAGGGCCAAAAGCGCAUCCCAUCAUCCAUGUGUCGCACCGCGAUCUGGAGAUGUACUACAUUCCCCCCCGCAAACGUGGCAGAUACGCCACAGCACCCGCUCUCGACAUCCCACUACACUGGAACAAGAAGAUUGUCGAGGUAGCCCACCCGUAUCUCCUCCAGUACUUCCGAGCCGUCGCCUCGACUGCCCUCGCCACUUUCGGUCACCAGCCGGCAGAGCUGGGUAGCCUCCUCGCCCGUAUAGCCCUGUCCGCCGACCCGGCGUCGACGAAUACGGCAGUGCUCCAUGCCUUGCUCGCCUUUGCCUCUCUGCAUCUCCACGACGUCAACAUGCAGGCGGUGGAACUCAAAACGUCUGCGAUCCGGGCGUUGACGAUUGCGUCUAGAGGCCCUGUUGGCCGCACAGAAGCAAUCCAGCGCAUCGCUGCGGGCAUGCUGCUGUUGUCUUUCGAGGUCCACCAAGCGUCCUGCACCUCUGGCGAAUGGACGUGGUAUCUUCGUGGCGUCAAAGAGGUCAUCCGCGCUGCCGGCUUGCACGAGGUCCGCCCCGAUCGUGAGCUCUCCUGUCUGCUGAACUGGGUCUACUACCAUGACGUUUUGGCACGCUUCAGUCUACAAUACUGGCAUAGCGCGCCCUCAGACGAGGUGUCGGACAUGUGUGGGGGCGAGACGAGGCCGUUGAGCUUCUCAUCGGACUCGCACUGUUGUCGCGCUGAGGUUUCGAGCGCGCCAAUAACGAGCAUGGUCGCAAUAGAGCUGCUCUCGGAAGUUUGCGACGCGACGUCGGCCGAGGAUGAUCAGGACAGCAAGAACUUCUUGCAGAUUCUCGAUUGGAAGCUACGGACCAUACAGCCUGAGCCCGAAGCCAACGACGACCCAGAUUCCGCACUGAUCACGGAGCUGUAUCAACUCGCCACGCUGGUGUACCUUCACCGCGCAUCCCAGGACCUCCUCCACCAAGCCGCUCGCGCGCAGCAACAAAUAGCAAGGGCUUUCUCCAUCCUCGCAGCCUUACGCGCCUGCGAUCGACAGUUCCCAGUCUUCAUCUUCGGCUGCGAGGCCCAAAGCGAUGGCCAGCGCGCAGUCAUCCUCGACCUCAUCAGCCGAACGGAGAGACGGAGCUCCUCUCGCUCGUUCAACUACGCUCGCCGGCUUUUGCAGGCCAUCUGGGCGCAGGAUGAUCUCGCUGAUAGGCCUGCGAGCUAUCGGGAUAGACUGAGUGGUGCUUUUAGCCGCUGCAAGGUCUUACCCACCUUUGUCUAGACCUUUCGUCCCUCGCGACUCAAAUGCAAUGCUCGACGGUGUCGGAUAUCCCCGUUGUUCGUU